CUCUCAGCUGACGCUGCUUCAGGCGCAUUGCUGUGGGUCUUUGGCUGUUUUCACGCCACCGCUGUGUUUGGACUGCUGGACUGCAGCAAAUAGUCGCCCCCCGGUUCGUGUUGGGUGUACGCCGGGACAGCUCAGGAAUGCCUCCCGCCUCGUCCGCUUCACGGCUUGACUGAAUCGAAGUUGCUGCCAUGGAGACCUCAGGUGGUGACGAUACGGCGCUUUCAUACUUGAACGCUGGAGACAGGGACGGAUAUGACGAUCUGGAACAUCUGCCUCCGCUGCUGGAGGAUGAGGAGAACGUAUCACUGGCGGACAUCCUCUCUCUGCGGGACAGCUGUUUGUCUGAGGAGGAGGUGUGGGCAGUCUGUGCGGAGUGUGCUCUGGCCCUGAAGAGCAUCAGACCCUCCCAUCUCUUUCACAGUCUGUGUAUAACGCCAGACACUCUGGCCUUCAAUGCCCAUGGGAACGUUUGCUUUAUGGAGCAGCUCAGUGAUGAUCCCGAAGGCUCCUUCGUGCCUCCCGAGUUUGACAACACAGGCAGCACGUUUGAGGGUCAUGUUUACUCGCUGGGCUCCACACUCUCCGCUGCGCUGAACUUUGUCAUUGAGCCGGAGCUGGAGGUUAUGCUGGGAGAAGAAAUUCAGAAGUUGCUGGAGCAGAUGCAGGACGAGAAGCCCGAGGACAGGCCGCUACUGCAGGACAUCAUAUCUCUGGCUGAAGGACAGCUUUCUCAUACCUCCUCUGCAGCUGUGUGCCGAAAACUAUCCUCCAUUGGGCGACGGGUGCUUUCCAUUGAAUCAGUUUCAACGUUUCAAGAUGGACCGGAGGCAUCAUGGGAGGCGAGGUGGCAGCAUCCUAAACCCAGAUGUCUGCUCAGGGGACUGAGCUCAGAUGAUAAUGCCAAAAACGUGUGCAGUGGCAAUUCUGUUACGGCAAACGGUCUGUCCAGAAAACAGGUGUGCGGGGGCUGGGAUUCCUCCCUCUGGGCUGAGGAUAUGGAAGGAGAUGAAAUGACCUUGACAGAUGAGAUGGAUUGCAGGUCGCACAACAGCUCACCAGUGAAGAGGAGAGCCCAGCAGAGGCUGAACAGGGUGAGGGGGGCGCUUAACCGCUCCUGCUCCGUCCCGGACUCCAACAACCCCCCCUGUCUUUCCCCUCCAACACAAGGAGACAUCAGUGUACCAGUGUCUGACCUCACUGAGAUAGGAGCCGAUGAAAUCCUGAGCUGCAAGUCUGUGUGGAGUAACAGACUUCAGAGACUCAACCGGGGCCAGUCCUGUGAUUCUUACCCAUAUACUAGCACUGACGAUGAUAUGAAUUUUGUUGUGAAAAACCACAUGUCGCAAGCAAACGAGGAUGCUGCAGAGAUUUUAUGCAGCGUAGAAAUACAGACUCAGAAGAGCCGUGAAUGUGAAACUAUGGACCAUAUCCGGGAUUUAGCCUCUCCCUUUUCCUCCUGCCAAGACCUGGAAAUUGCACAAGAAUAUUCCGGGGAGCAGAGCACCUUGAACCAUAGCCUCUACAUUCCUAAUAACCACAUGACAAAAAGCAUGCUGUGUCUGAAUGAAGAAUCUCAGGAUGAGUGGAUCUCUCUCAGAGAACUGCUCAGUCGCUGUGGACGGAGGCUGACAGUUAAUGAGCUGUGGGCUCUGUGUUACACCUGUCUGUCCUCGCUGCAGACCUACAUUGACUUUCCAGCAUAUUUAUGCCUGGACACAGUGUACGUGGGAUGUGAGGGGGAAGUGCUUUUCUUGAAACCCAAAAACAUUGGACCACGAGAUGAAUUUUAUCUUGCCCCUGAGUAUCAAGAGCAUGGGAUUGUGACUGAAAAGGUUUGUGUGUACGCUGUUGCUGCUAUUCUCUGGGCCACGGCCAAGUUCAGUUUAUUGCCUACUCAAAAGCUGGCGAUGCCUCGCAAACUGAAGAGGCUGCUCCUUGAGAUGGCAAAGAGGACGCCGAUCGAGAGACCUACCAUUAUUGUGGCUAAAAAAUGCUGUAGUGACUACUUAUCACGUCAAGGAACAAAUGCCGAGACUGUGUGGAACGACCUGAUUAGCAGUGUUCACCCGCCAGUCUCAGAAUCCACUAAUGCAGAAGAUUUGAGUGCCACUGAAACUCACAACAGCUCCUGUGAAGAGUCUGAACAAAACCACACUGGCUUUGUUCCCAUGGCCACUGAGAGCCGACUGGCUCCUGUGCCUGGCCCUGUUCCCCACAGCCAUCCACUCAGCCAGGGACUCCAACUCCCAGAGGCUUUCACCUCCACUGCCACACACUUCACCCCUAUUGUCCUGACUGAAGAUGGGGACUCAGAGGAGGAGAGCCAGGACACUGGAGUGGCCAUUGAAGGUAAUGUGGAUGAAUUCACAAGAAACAGUGAAAAUGUGGAGGGAAGGGAUGCUGAUUUCAUCUCACACACUACGCACCCACAUCCUGCACAGACUGAACCCAGCGUACACACAGAGGAACUGCCUGUGAAUCAAAUGGUCAUAAAUACAACUCCUACAGCUUCCAGCAGCAAGAAACUGGUCAACACUUCUUUUAUUGUCCCGGAUAUUUCUUGUGUUGAAGUGUCUCUUCCUCCGGCAUCCACUAACCUCAAUGGUUCUGGUGUCUUUAACAAUUACCUCUUUUGUCAGGACCCGACAACUGGACAUCUUUCUUUAGUGCCUGUGCAGGUCAGGGCUCCCGAGUCCCUCCUCGGGUUGGAUAUAAAUCUUUCCCUGGUCCCUCAGCCUCUGCAAAGAUUAAUCACAGUUCCAGAGACGACUGAAGGUCCGUUUAUCAACUGUCUGAAUGUGCCUAUGAGGCCUGAACCCCAGGAAUAUGGCCCACUAUCAUAUUUCAGCGGUAGCUCCAUCCUGUCUGACAGCUCUGUGAAGUACAGUGUGACCAGGGCCCACAGUGGACAAGCAAGACCGGGGGCGCAAGAUGAGAACCAAUCUCCUUCUGAGACCAUCUCUGCCAAAGUCCAACCUGUCUUACAGGAGGUGAUUGACCUGCUCAAGGGAGAGUUUUCACUGGAUGGGUAUUUGGAUGAUGGACAAGAAAACAUUGCAAUUGGGGAGUACAUCUUCUCUCUGAAGGACCUCCAGUACGACACGUUUGCCUGCGUUGUGAGGCAGAGGUUCAGUAAUCUCUACUGGGAAGAGGAUUUGCUGGGUGUUUUACAUUGCCUGGUCAACUACAGCCCAUCCACACUCGGCGCUAAUGAUCAGCCGCCUCCAUCAAAGGCUGUGAAAGGUGUUGCCCUUACGUCGCCCUUGAUAGCAAGUGUCUGGAGAGAGAAAAGGGAAGUGUGCUUGCGAAGUCACCUCGACCUGAAUGGAAACGUCCGCACUUCGAUUCCCGCGUCUGUGGAUUCCUGGGGAGAAACUAAGGCUCAGUCCUGCCAUGAAGAAAACAAAAGUGCACUUGCAGAGGAUGAAUUAAGAUCGGAGCAGAGUCGGCACGGUAUUAGUCAAGGCGUCAGCACGGAAGGCUCGGACACAGGGGUGAUGGAGGGAGGAGAUCAUUCAGUGGGGGGCAGCGAUGAAAGCCCCUCUGAAGCUGAGUUUCCAUCAGGGAGAGAGGAAGGGCUGCUGGGAGCUUAUGACCAUGAGCAGAUGAGCUCUUACUGCCUGGAGGACAUGGAGGAUGGUGACUCUCUGGUGUCAGAGCAACUCCUCACACCUGGAUUUAAAGCAGGGCCACCGGGCCUCAGCUUAAGUCCAGCCUGGUUCUUGGCCUUUUUUGGAGAAGAGUUUUUUAGUCCCGAGGUGAUACAGUACGCAAUGAAUCUGGGACAGCACACAGGAUCCCCGUGUAUUGAUGUGAAAACACAGGAACUGCAGCAGCAGCUCUUAAUUGAAACAAGAAAUUUGAGGAAAACUAGAAAUUUCUACCUGAAGCUCAUUCAGCAAGAGAGACGAAAUAAAGGUUCAAGGAGCAAACUGAUGCUGUCCAAACUGAAGUCCCAGUUUGAGGAACUUCGAUCCAAAGUGGUGUUUUUGGACAGUGUGAAGAAAUACCUGGAGGUUGUGAGAGUGGAGCAGUUUGGUUUGGAGGCUUCAUUAUUAUCCUCCUUAGCUGUAUGUGGACCUGACUCUUUGGACCUCCAUCCCUCUGAGGAUCCCUCUGUUUUGAACUUUGGCAAAAGCAAAGGGAAGAGAACCCUGCAGGCUGGGUCUCCUCUGGGCCUCAUGGCUUACCUCUACACCAGAAAUGCUGCCAUGGAGGGCUACAUCCAGCAGUUCCUGUACACCUAUCGUUUCUUCUGCUCUGCUGAGCAGUUACUACAGUUCCUGAUGGACAGAUUUACCAGUGCUGCAAGAGAAGGUCUGAACAUGUCAGGAGACAGUGAAAAGAUCUUCCAUCGCUCCUUGGACCUGCUCCAGUUCUGGAUUACAGACUGUAAACAGAUGGACUUCACACCAAACUCCAGCAUCGUAGCUACAUUAGAGAGCUUCCUUAAUACUGAGGUAAUUCCUGUAGACAGCCGGGGAAAGGACCUUCUUGCUGCUCUCCACGGCCCCCCAACUAUAAGUUGGAGCCAAAGAAGAGGAAGUCUAAUCAGUAUUGAAGAGGAAAAUAACUCUGUGUGCUUGCAUUCAUCUAAUGAGUGGAGGAUCUCCAGAGUGGUGGAUCCCUCUGCAUCCAUAUCAAAAGAGAAGGCCUUCUCCAUUGCUGCAGCUUUGCCUGUGCCGUCCUACAGCGCUCUGGUGAACGACACAACCACCGUCUACCUGCACAGUGAGGACCGACUCCCCUUCAGCCAGAAUGAGUACAGUGCACAGCACUUAGCCCAGCAACUCACUCUCCUGCAGCAGGGAAUGUUCCAAGGAUGUCAUCCAGUUCAUUUCCUCAACUCUAGGGUACAAGGGAUCAGAGACAAUGUGUUAAUCCCAAAUAAGAACGUGUCACAGCACAUCCCGCCAGCAGAGGGCAGCAGUGUGCAGGUGUAUGAGGGGACUCCCUCAGACAGCCACCUGCAGCAGCUGCUCACAUAUGCUGACAGUGUCACCAAAUGGAUCUCCUCGGAAAUAGUUAUCUGUGACUCCACCAGGGCACAAGUUACUUUAGUGACUAAAUAUUUAUGGAUCGGAAAACAUUGCUAUGAAUCGAGGAACUUUGCCACCGCCAUGCAGGUCCUUGGAGGUCUGGAGAAUGUGACUGUCAGGCAAUUACCAGUUUGGAAACAUCUGCCAUCCAAGGUGUUUGAGAUACUGGAGGAGCUGCGAGCUGUGCAGAUGUUUCUAAAGAGUGACGACUUGUGUCUGAUGGCGGGGGAACACUUUAGGACGAGGCCCACCCUGUUACCAGCGCACAUCCUGGCCAUGCACGUCCAGCAGCUGGAGAUCGGCGCCUUCACGCUCACGACUGGAGCGUACAAGUGGAGCAAGCUCAGGAGCAUUGCAAAGGUUGUGAGUCAGGUCCACGCCUUCCAGGAGCUGAUGUACCCUUACAGUCCUGACCGAGAGCUGCAGGCCUACCUUCAGUGUCGCAUUGCCGGGUUUGUCACCUCUGACAUUCACCUUUUGGCUGCUGACCGCGAUGCCAACUUCCAGCAGUCCAGUGAGCGGCAAACGCGGAGAAUCCAGGACACACUCAAGCGGGUAAAGGCCACUUUCCUCUGAGCCCCGGUCUAGUCACAAGUCAUUGUGACUAGAGUGAAUCACCAUCGACAGGUCAACACCUCAUGACUGAGGCUCUGUGCCCAUGGCUUGACCUUCACGUCCCUCUGUUGUCCCAUCAGCCAGCUUGUAGACUGGAAAAAGGAUGUUGCCUGUUCCCUGUUGGUCCCCCAUAACCAAAAAAGGCACAUACUUCUCCCUCAGCUGAACUACCAGCAUGUUCAUGAUUAUUUGUGAACUGUCCCAGAAAUGUAGCUCUUAAGGGUCCCAUGUAAUCGGCCUGGAAUACCAACAUUUCAAGCACCAGGGCCUGGGAGGAAUGCACACCAAAAAAGCCACCACUUGUGUGUGGUAUUUUAGUCACUUUGUUGUUUUGGAAUUGAUCACAAAACCUAUUCUGAAGCUUCACUGCAUGAUAAUUGUUGGUCAGCGUUUAUUGUUGCCAUAGCUGCAAUUGAAAUAGGGCCAUAGAGAAUCAUGGGGGCAACAAUGCAUACAGUACAUUCAAUCUAAUCGUCACACAGCAGGUGAGGUGAAAAGUUGUGCGACCAAGUUGAAACCCUCGUUCCCUUCUCUCCUCCACUUGCAUGGCCAACAACAGGUUAAUCCAGCCUGAUCAAACAUUCAAGUAACCACAUUUAGGAAAGGAGAAAAACAUCAUGCAGAGAACCUUUCUAUGGACUGAACAGUUUGCUAUGAUUGAUUUUGUCGAACUUGCAUAGAUCUGUUUGUUUACCGCUUGCAACUUUACCUAAUGAUAUUUUUAUGACUAUAUUGGUAAUUGUUAUCUAACGUGAGCUGAAUUUACACUUUGUGAACUAAUUGCAUUUGUUAUCAAUAGUGUGUCAUGAAGGUCGCAAAGCUUGACAAGCUUCCCAUUACAGAUAAACUCAACAUAAUGACAUGUGCACAAAACGUGAUUUGAGAAAUGAUCUUUAGCCUUUGUCUAUUUUUCUAUUUUCUGGCUUGCUCUCUCUCUCUCUCUCUCUCUCCCUCCCAUGGUUUUCUGUCCUGAAGCAGAGCGUGAAGAUGGAAUGUGUCAUGCUAUGAAGAUUUGCUUAAUUUAGCCAAAUAAAAUACAUUUUAUAAGCUC